GCUUGACUUUGCCGUGUUACAGAGAUAAACCCUAGAGCAAGAAGAGAAGAGAGGUAGAAGAAAAUGCCGGCUGGACACGGUCUACGAUCUCGGACACGAGACCUGUUUUCACGUCCCUUCAAGAAGAAGGGGUACAUCCCUCUCUCCACCUACCUCAAGACCUACAAGACCGGUGAGUAUGUUGAUAUUAAGGUGAAUGACGCCAUUCACAAGGGUAUGCCCCACAAGUUCUACCAUGGCCGAACUGGGCAUGUUUGGAACAUCACCAAGCGCGCUAUUGGCGUGGAGGUUAACAAGCAGGUUGGGAAUCACAUCAUUAAGAAGAGGAUUCAUGUUCGUGUGGAGCAUGUCCAGCCCUCUAGAUGCACAGAGGAGUUCAGAAACAGAAAGUUAAGGAACGAUAAGCUCAAGGCCGAGGCCAAGUUGAAGGGUGAGGCCAUCAGCACCAAGAGGCAGCCAGAGGGUCCCAAGCCAGGUUUCAUGGUCAAAGGAGCUCAGUUGGAAACUGUCACCCCCAUUCCUUAUGAUGUUGUCAACGAUCUCAAGGAAAUAUUCCAAGAGUCCAAGAUUUUCGGUUUAUGAAAGACAAAAAGCAAGAGGCAUUCUCAUCUUUCAUGCACUGCAACUCUUAUCUUUCACGCAAGGCACAUAACCUCACGACACCAGGUCUUCAUGGUAGCUCACCUCACUAGUCAUGGCAUCAAUUCGGAAGGACACCUCAAAGCUUCACAAAAGCCAGAUGGCAGCAAGUAGUAGGCACAACACCUCAGUAUCUCACGGCAUCAGGUCUUCAUUUAUUAAGAUUUUUUUUUGAAUAAAUUUCUGAAGUCAAUUCUAUAUUUGCUCAGGUAUAUACAUGUAAUACUGUUUCUGAGAUAUACUUUUGUAUGUAUAAUAUUUGCAAGAUUUGAUCUAAGAUCUAGACAAUAUUCACUCUACAGAAGACACCAGGUGG